CCGAAAUGAGGACAGUCGUGCCAGUAGGUGCGUAGUGAACGGUGCUUGACGAUUGCAAAACUUGUCGGACUGCAUCCGAUUUGCGCUAUUAAUAGACACAGUGUUGGGCGUUGGACAUGGAGCGCGUGUCAAUGGAGGUGCAUGCAGAUUUGCAGCGGGAACGAGCGGCUGCUACCAUUAGCAGCGAACACUUUGCCGAAUGGUGGGCAGGCGGGCGAGAGAGGUUGGAGGAGCGACGUGCCCUCGAACGGUACUUCUUCGAUGAUCCCGAGUUCAAUGAUCCCAAGCACAUUAGCUUCAUGUCGUACAAAGAGCUGUACGAGCACUCGGUGGCCAAGGGUACCAGGUUUCUAGCCAAGCUGAGGGAAUGGCAACGCCUGCGUGCGCCUGUCGAUGGAACCGGAGGCUUGACUGGCGGCCUGGAUAUCAAGACGUUGCACGACUUUCGUUUGCUAAUCUCUGGGCCUCUGGGCACGGCGCUCUUUCAACAGAGUUUCCCAUUGCGCCUACAUUUUGCCAUGUUCUUGCCGACGCUGCUCAACCAGGGCGACGAGGAGCAGAAAAAGCAGUGGUUGGAACGGGCCUGGCACAUGGAUGGCAUUAUUGGCACCUACGCCCAAACGGAACUGGGCCAUGGCACCUUCAUACGCGGCCUAGAGACGCGCGCCGACUACGAUGCAGAGCAUGAGGAAUUUGUCCUCAAUACUCCCUCACUGACUGCAUACAAAUGGUGGCCGGGUAACAUGGGCCAGACAGCCAAUAUGGUUGUGGUGCUUGCCCAGCUUUACAUUAAGGGCAAGCACUAUGGCCUGCAGCCCUUCCUCGUGCGCAUACGCAACGAGCAGACCCAUGAGCCGGAGCCGGGCAUUGAUGUUGGCGACAUUGGCGCCAAGCUGGGUGCCAAUGCUGUGAACAACGGAUUUUUGGGUUUCCGUAAUGUCCGCAUUCCACGCGACCAAAUGCUGAUGAAGAACGCGAAAGUGCUGCCUGAUGGCACCUUUGUCAAGGGACCGGAGCCGCUCCUUCUGUACGGAACGAUGGUCUUUGUCCGAGUGCUCAUUGUACACGACGUGAUGGUCGGACUCCUACAGGCGGCAACCAUAGCGACACGCUACGCAGCCGUGCGUCGCCAAAGCCCCAUCGAACCGAAUGCACCGGAGCCACAAAUUUUGGAUCACUUGACGCAGCAGGCAAAGAUCUUUCCGCAGAUAGCGCGCGGUGUAUGUUACCGUCUGGCCGCGGACUUCCUUUGGCAGUUCUACCAACGGAUCAUGCAACAGCUUGAGGCGGGAAAUCGCAAAGGAUUGCCAGAGCUGCACGCGCUCUCCUGCUGCUUGAAGUCUGUCUGCACCCAGGAGUCUAACGAGGGCAUCGAUGCGCUGCGCAAGGCGUGCGGCGGACAGGGCUAUCUGGCCUCGGCCAACUUCGACAACAUUUACGGCCUGGCGACGGCAGCCUACACGUACGAAGGCGAGUACACAGUGCUGCUGCUGCAGACGGCACGCUUCCUCGUGCGCCAGUACGAGGACAGUCUGAAGAGGAAGGUGCUGCCUGAUAGCAUCAAUUAUAUGCGAGACACAACGCGCCUGCGCUGGACGAAAAACCUCUUGGCCAAUGCGGUACGCGCCCUUGAGAUUGUGGCUGCGAGCAAGGUGCGUGUGGCUUGGGAGCAGAUACGUCUGGAGCGCAAGCGUGGCCAGAGUGCCCAACAGGCGGCGAAUCUUGCCGGAAUCCAGCUGAGCACAGCAGCGGCAGCACACGCUCGAGCCUUUCUGGCCCGCAACUCGCUGCGGGAGCUAAAAAAGCUGCAGCGAAAUCUCAAGCCAGAGUUGGGCGGAGUGUUGCAGCAACUGGUGGAGAUAUUUGUGUACGACACCUUUCUCCGUCAACUUGGCGAUAUUCUCAAGUGGAAUCACAUUGCAGUGGUCCAGGUUACGCAAUUGGAGCAACGCUAUGAACAGUUGUUGCGCGAUUUCCGUCCCAAUGCCGUUGCACUGGUCGAUGGCUUUGAUUUUCAUGAUCGUGUGCUUGGCUCUACACUGGGCUGUUACGAUGGUCGUAUAUACGAGCGACUGAUGGAGGAGGCGCGCAAGAAUCCACUGAAUGAGGAGCCAGUCAACUCGAGCUUCCGGAUGCAUCUGCAGCCCUUAAUGCGGGGCAAGUUGUGAAGACAAAAAUGGAUGGUGCUGCCGUUUGUUGCAUUUAUUUAGGUGUUCACACUGAAAGCAUAGUAUUAAGCUAUUAAAUUACAAAUACUUAAAAAUAUUAAAUAUCAAGAUAUACACAAUAUA